AUGCGCCAAGGAAACGAUUAUUUCAGCAACCUUUGCCGGCGGUUCUCGAGCAAAUGGCCCGUCUUUACCAUCAACAUGGCUGGCAUCCAGCUGGUCUUGGUGCAGCCUGAACUGCGCCGACACCUGCCCAAGACCAAACACCUGCAGCUCAAUCAUCUCGUCGCGACCAUUUUUCGUCGCAGCCUUAGCUUCGGCGAGCAUUCGUGUUCUCUGCUUAAGGAAGAGUUUGAUCUGAGCCACGGGUUUGGCGCCAACAUAUCUCGCAUCUUCCGUGAAGAGUUCAUCCCGAACUUGAACCUCCGGAAAUACAUCGAAAGACUAGAUGCUCAUUUCGAGACGAGCAUCGAUACUCUGCAUGAGGAGGGAAGUGGUACCCUGCGUGUCGAGGAAUGGGUCUUCUCAACCUUGGUGGGCGCUCUGGGCAAGGCUCUAUGGGACGAUCACGCCAGCGAAGGUCCCUUUGCGGAUUCGGCCUUCCUGGCAGACAUGCGUAUCAUGCUGCUCAACAUUCGGCAGCUGAACAGCCCAUUCAGCUUUCUUUUCAAUUCAAGGGCAAAGACAGCUUUCUUGGACGAUUGCGAACUGCUUGUGCUGCGCACGGCGCCCGAGAGGAGGACUGGACCGACUAUCAGCUGCUUCUGA